AUGGAUUGCACCACUGCUCUCCACUCUGUCUUUCUUCCUUUUCUCCAUAUCUCAUUCUCUAAUCCACCUCUCGCCACGAUCGUGCACUCCGCCAGCGUUCUCCAGCCUCUUCCCCUCUUCUGUUCAGCCAAUGCACACUACCUGCCCGUCGCAGGUUUUCUCGAAAGACAGCACUUGUUAACUGUGUAUCGUUGGGGGCCGAAAAGUAAUAUGCUCACCAGUCAUUUCCUGUUCGUGUGCGCUGUCCUCUUCUCGGCCAUCGGCGAUGUGUCUUCCCAAAAGAAGACCACAGAAGUGCCGGAAUGCCGUUUUGAACUGAAUCCAAUGACCGAAGUAAAACUCUUCCAGAUGAACGGUAAAGACCUGCCUACUAAAUCACGAGCCUUCAUCAUAAAAUCAUCAACAGAAACCAGCUGCGUCAUGCGAAUGAGUAAUUACAUAUUUAAGCCUGUUGGCAGACAACUUUUAAUUUACUAUUUUCUCUGCAUGAACCCACACCCAGUUAUCUUGGACAUGGAGAAUGUAACCACCCUGUCAGAGAACAUUGCCUAUUUACAAGUUGAAAGGUGCCUCAUGGACAACAUCGAAAUCUCGAAAUUUGAACGCUUGUACGACCUGAAAGUAUUGAGUUUUCUCAAAUCUGUUCCGAGCAGUCAGUCGUGGAUUGGAAAUAAUUCGGGGGCCAGUAACGAGAGCAGUAUUAAAGAGGUCGUCUCUUACACAAUAAAAACCGAGCAGUAUUCAGAUCAAGUACCGUGGAUAUUAGAAACGAACUCGACUUUCCCCAAUAUCAGCGAACUGAGUUUCACGGGACUCGGGCUGACCGAACUUCCGCCGGAUAUGAGCGCGCGUUUCCCCAAUUUGCAAUCGAUCAGUCUCGACUGGAACAGAUUUACACAGGUGCCGUUUUUCCCUUACACCGAAAAGCCGAGUUUUCUCCCUUUAGAUCUCAGCCGGACGCCAAACAUGCAGAACCAUUAUGCGAAUUCGAUCGGCAUUAUCAUUAGAACAGAUAUAUUCCGCCGAAUUCUGCAACUCAACAACAAUUUCAUUCAAUACCUGGGUGAUUAUAUUAUAAACGGCACGCUCCAGUUAAUUUCAAUAAAUAAUAACAGACUGAGAAAUAUCUCGGACCACGCAUUCGAUCAAGUUAUCGGCCUACAGUCGUUAUCUCUCAAAAACAAUUCUCUUGUUUCUAUUAAUGAUAAAAUAUUUAGCCCGUGUAAGGAUCUACUGAAGCUUCAGUUAGGACAGAACAAAAUCGAGUGGAUACACGGACAAGCGUUUCGCCAGCUCUCCAGAUUAAACGAGUUGGAUUUGUCGUCCAAUAAUCUAACAGUGAUAGAACCACGAACGUUUUACCCUUUGACCUCGCUCCGAACACUGAGACUUGAAAACAACGGCAUAAGUAAAUUUGACCAAAAUGUUCUGCAAUUUUCCUUUGUCAAUCUCCGAGUGGUCAAUCUGAGUCAUAACAAAUUUCAAAUUUUGCCAAUGUUAUUUUUUUUGCUCCGUGGACUGGAGAUGGUCGAUUUCAGCCAUUGUCAAAUCAGCAUCGACAGGAUGAGCGUAUUUCUGGAUUCGAUCCCGGAAACGGAUUUCAUUGAUAGCAUUAUAGUCUCUGCUAGUAAUGCAAAUAUUGACUUGUACGCAAAAAGACAGAAAAAAAGAAAGAUUAACUUGUCUAACAAUCUUAUCCGUCGACUGGACUUCAGAGGUUUCUUUAAAAUCCACGAGAAAAAAAUGAUUUUGAUUCUCAAUAACUACGAGUUAAUUUUGAAGGGUAACCCAAUUGACUGCGAUUGUCAUCUAGUCUCCCUUCUUAACUUCUUUGCAAAGGCUCGCUUGGACAAACGUUUCGACGGAACCGAAUACUUUUAUAAGAAAUGGUUGUGCCACUGGCCUCCCGAAUUCCAGGGCCGUCCUCUGCUAUCGUUAAAGAAAACCGAUUUAUUUUGCCGUGAUGAAAUUCGGGGGUGUCCAACAGGCUGCAUUUGCUAUCGGCGUUACACCAAUCGGGUCAUCAUUGUGAACUGCUCACACAGCAAUUUUAACUCCUUUCCGGGCGAAAUGCCCGACGGGAACCUCGAAAUAUGGCUGCAGUACAACAACAUUAGUGAACUGGCAUCAAGAAGCUAUCUACCACGGAUCAAAAUCUUGAAAAUGACAAAGAAUUCUAUAUCCAGCUUGAGCGUCCCGGUUUUGAAGCAAAUGAGAGGUAUCAAGAAAUUGUGGUUUGACGAAAACCUUCUGACGACCUUGCCGAGAGAAAUUCAAGAGGUCAAUUUUGAGCUGCUGGUCAUCAACACGAAUCAUUUUGUGUGCGAUUGUCAGAACCAGUGGAUGAAAUAUUGGUUACUGACCGUUCAAAGCAGGGUCCAUGACUGGUAUAAAAUCGCCUGCAGCACUAGCGAAGAUAAAGUAUUUAGUGUUGUAAAGGUGGCUGAUGAAGACUUCGUUUGUAUCGAAGCGGCGGACUUUAGGAAGACCUUAGCUCUUGGCCUUUCGCUCGGAUUCGCGAUUCUCUUCAUAUUAGUCUGUCUUUACCUGCUUUUCUAUUACAGACUGGAAGUUAAAGUGUUGAUAUAUAUCUAUUUCAACUUACAUCCUUUGGACUGUGACCCGCAAAAGAUAGACGACGAAAAGGAACCGAUCGACACGCUAGUUGUUUGUUCGAAAUCGAUGAUCGAAUGGGUAACAGCUAAUGUCACGGAUACGCUCGAGUCUCUUCGAUUUAAUGUACUCGAUAUCAAUCGAGACUUCCUGGUCGGUAUGAGCAUCCGUGAAAACAUGAGAAUGGCGGUGUGUCGAAGCAAGCGUAGCAUUGUUAUUUUAUCGGUAGACAGUUUCAAAGACCCCAUCGUCCAACUGGCGCUGACGUUUACCCAUGAAAAGGUUUUGAGGGAGCGGCCUAUGUAUAUGGUACUGUUCUUGCACAACGUCAAGAAAUGCGUCAUCGAAAACCAGGACCUGAAGAAGUACCUCAGCAGUGGUCGUUUUAUCCGUACCAGAGAUACGAUGCUGAAGCAAAAAAUGCUUUACAUGCUGACAGGUUCCAAUGAUGCUAAAGCCCAAAAUAUGGAACUUCGCCGUAAAAAAUCCUACAAGAUAUUUUUUCCUGAAAUCAUGCAUACGCCGUCCCCACCGAACUGCGUCUGCUAUGACAUCUUUAUCAGCUAUCCGGACCGUGACUAUCAGUUCGCCACAGGCGUCCUCUAUCCAGCACUUCACGCACGCGGUUAUGUGGUUUGUCUUCCCGACCGAGACUUCAUGGUCGGAACUGCCAAAGAAGAGAAUAUUCUGAAUGCCAUAGAACUAUCGAGAAGGACUUUAGUCAUCGUAACGGAAAACCAUGUAGACGACGAGUGGCAAUUGUUUACACUGAGAACGGCUAUCGAGCGUUCUUUAAAGCAGACAUCCAAUUACUUACUCUGUAUGAUAGCUCCAAACGUUGACCUGAAUACACUGGAUCCGGAGACCAGGGCUUUUGUGUCGACACACGUGAUUAUUUUUCAAGACGAUCCCCUAUUCUGGCAGAAGCUUUAUCGGUCUAUACCUCCGCCUGCCUUUCAGAAAACCGACCCCGAAAAAAAAAUUGCCAGUGCAAAGGAAACCCCCAACGGCUUAAUCCCAAAGUCGACAGAUGCGCAGAAGUCUGUGUUUUCAAUCACGUGA